AGCCGCACACGCCCCGCCCUCACCACCAGAAGCACAGAAACGCCCUCUCUAAUUGCUAUCUAGAUCGCCGAGAUGCUCGCGUCGUCGUCCUCCAAGCUCGCGGCCCGCGCGUCGCGCUCGCUGUUCACCAAGGCCAGCGCCAUGCCCAGCGUGGCUCUGAGCGAGGAGUUCCCGUCGGUGCCUAAGACGCAGCCCAAGGCCGCUCCCGCUGCCAAGCUCACCACUUCGACGGCCUCGUCUGGUCUCCAGCUUGGCUCGGACGACCGUGCCGCCUCUGUGGCCACCAUCGGUGUGCAGCUUAACACUGGCGCGCGUGACGAGAGCGAGGAGACUGCGGGUGUUUCGCAGCUGUUCGCCAAGAUGGCCUUCCGCGCCACCGAGAACCGUUCGGACCUGCGUCUGUACCGUGACAUUGAGGCCAUUGGCGGCGUGGUGAACGCUCAGGCCGGCCGCGACUUUGUGCGCUACAGCGUCAGCGUGCUGCCUGACCAGCUGGAGGCGGCCGCCGAGAUCCUGGCCGAGACUACGCUGGCCCCCAAGUUCGCGCUCUACGACGUGGAGGAGCAGAAGAAGGUGGUGCAGGCCGAGUUCGAGAAGAUCACCGAGAAUGCGUCGGCAUCUCUGCUUGAGGGUGUGCACGCUGCUGCUUUCUACGAUGACAUGACGCUGGGCCGUUCGCUGGUCGCUGCCGAGAACCUCGGCGCACUCAGCCCCGAAGAUCUGUGGGCCUUCUACAACAAGUACGUCAACUCGUCCAACGCCGCUCUUGUCGGUGCUGGUGUGGCCCACAACACGCUGACUGACCUGGCCAACGAGUACUUCGGAUCGUUCGCUAAGGGCUCCAAGGCCACCAGCGCCACGGCUAAGUACGUGGGUGGUGAGACUCGCGUCAAGAAGGCCGGCAAGUUUACGCACGUCGCUCUUGCCCUGCCUACUGUGGGCCGUAACUCCGCCGACUUUGGCGCCUCGCAGGUGCUGCGCGCUCUGCUGAGCGUGCGACUGAACAACAAGAAGGCCUCGGCCUUCCUGUCGAGCUACAGCGACGCCGCUGUCUUGGGUCUGUCCGGUUAUGCCGCUCCUUCGGAGGCCGGCGCUCUCGUCGACUCGUUCGCUGCUGAGCUCAAGAAGGCCGCCUCGGCUCCGGCUACGAAGGAGGAGCUGGCUGCCGCCAAGACGACGGCUGCUUUUGAGGCUCUGGAGCAGUACAGCACCCUGGCGGGUACUCUGGGCCGCGUGGGUCUCAUCGCCACUACGGGCUUCGUGUCCAAGUCGCCGUCGGAGCUUGUUGAGGGUGUGACCGCUGAGAAGCUGCAGGAGUUGGCUCUGAAGGCACUGAAGGCUACUCCUUCGGUGGCUGCCAUCGGUAAGCUGUCGACUGUUCCGCACGUGGACGCGGUUGCCAGCAAGCUGCAGUAAAAAGGAUCACGAUGAUCGAUCAAGAGUGAGGACAGGAAGCGUCGAGUGUGGAUGCAGCGCAGUGACGCGGUAAACCUCAGGUUAGAAAAUAAGGUGGAGAGAGGACUGCGCAGACACACACGCAGCUAGCCUGGCGCCAAGGUGAUGAAGCAGGCGAAGAUCGCGCUAAAAUACAAGAAAAAGAACCAACUUUUUAACGUCAA